CAGCCAGCUGAAUUGACUUGACAUAGUUCGUUUACAGAAAUCGCCUUGCAUUUAAGACUCUCGAAGUCCUUCUUGGAUUUAAUGGACCAUGGAGGUUUCUGAAAUGCCUGGCCCAAGUGUAGGGUUCAGUAGCUUUGUUGCCAUUCCUAGCUCCCAAGCAAAAAGUCCAAAGUCAUCACCAAACAAGUUGCAUAAAUCUUCUUUACUGUGUGGAAUUGAUACAAAUAAACGUCCCCGGUCAGCCGAUAACACCCUGAUUGUCAAUGACCCCGACCACCAUGCAGCGGAAUCUGUUCCACCCCCAACUGAGAAGAUGAGAAAAAACAUUAAUGUUCUUCGCUCCAAAUUAAAUGAAUGCUAUCUCAGACAAGAGGAAACGCUCGUGGCACUGAAGAGAAUUUGCAUCACAAUAGAAAACGCGCUAGGUGGGUCACUUCGAUGGAACAGUUCACAGUACAAGCAAACAGUGAAGGAUUAUUUCGCUCACUGUGAUGAAGAGGACGCAAUGAAUAUCGCUCAAGUGUCAAUAAGUGACAUGGUCGGGCUGAAUAUAAUGCACAGUAACAUCAUGUACUUUAACCAUUGGUGA